AUGGUCUUUGUCAAAUUCGGCCACUCCCACGAACAGGCUGAGGGAGACAUGCAGAGGCUUGCGUUUGACUGGCUGAACUUGGAACGACGGAGGACCCAGUGCAAUAUUUAUGUCCCAGAGGUCUACAAGAUAUUCACCAGAGACGGUGUGACUUUCAUUGUCAUGGAGUUCAUUGAAGGAAGCAGAGUCUGGGAUUUUGCAAAAUGGUUUGAAGCUCAGUAUUGGGAAGACCACAAGUCCAAAUACUACGACUUGAUUGUCGAGGGAAUUCAAUUGCUCCGCCGUAUGCCUGACGACGAAGCCCCGAUCGAGUACCGUACCGUUGGAGAAUUGCAGGACCACUUGAAUAAGGUUGCAAAAUUCGCCUACCACAACAACCCGCACCCGCCAACAGUCAAUCUCGAGAAAGAACUGGUCUUUUGCUAUACAGACUUUGACGACGAGAACUUCAUGUUCACUACUUCUGCCCACGGCCGUCUCCGUCUUUACAUUGUCGAUUUCGAACUCGCCUCAUUCCUGCCCAUAGAUUUCUUCGCUUACACCGUAUUGGUUCCUACCUCCCCUGCUGGUUCAUAGCCUCUUGGAUAAGGGACAGGAUUGGGAGCUUUCUACUGCAAGAUAAUAUCGAGGUCAUGCAGAGGAUAUGUUCUAUUUUCCAGAUUAGUUGGUGGGGGCUGGACUUAGCCAGGCAGAGAGAUAAGACAUGUCAGGGGGCACUAAUUAGUAGUUGCGGGGUCGGUAUGGCGGAGGAAUCAAAGUUGUCUUGGCUGUACCGGGCAUGGUCAAGGGGUGUAAGCAGUUCUACAAGGUUGCGGAUGGCGAUACGUGCUUCAAGCUUGCCACACGAUUCGACAUUACGCUUGACCAGGUCAGUGAAUAGUUAUGCCUUGCUCAAAGUUCUAAAGUUUAUUAUAGCUACGCGGCGAUUCGCAAUGAUGACAA